AUGGACCUCUUCUCUUCAUGGAUUAUGUCCUCUUCAGUCACACACGUCCUCUUUCUCAUCUGGGGUUUGCGGGCCCAGCAGGUCUUCAGGACAGAGCCCAGGAACGUCACAGUGCGGAUGGGAGCCACAGCUGUGCUGAGGUGUGAGGUGUUACGGGCCUCAGGGACUGUGCAGUGGGCGAAAGAUGGCCUCCUCCUGGGACCUGAUAGAAGCUUGCCAGGCUUUCCACGCUACAGCAUGAUAGGAAACCUCAAGAGGGGGCAAUAUCAUCUUCAGAUUGAAAAUGCCCAACUGGAAGAUGACGCCACCUAUAAUUGUCAAGCGGGCCGGUCUGAGAGCAGUCAAGCAAUCAUUUCCGAUACAGCCUGGAUCAACAUGUUAAUUCCUCCUUCUAAGCCGUACUUUGAGAUGAACAUGGUGGAACCUUGGGUGGCUGGGAAGGAGUACAUUGUCAUCUGUGUUGCCCCUGAUGCAAAACCUGAGGCUGAAAUCACACUUUACAAAGAUGGAGUCGAGCUGACAGGUGCAGAGUCUUUCACCAUGUCUGGCUCAGAGGAUAAGCUCCUGAACACGCAUGCUGAAGUAACGGUCACUGCCCUGAGCUCUGACAACGGGAGACAGUUGACAUGCCAGGCCAAGAACUCCGCCCAUUUUCGGCCAGUGGAGACCACAGUGACCAUGAGCGUGUUCUUUCCACCUCAGCCUCCGGUUAUUUUGGGUCUGGACAGACAGGAAGUCAAAGCGGGAACAACACUCGUACUGGAGUGUGUGUCUCAGUUUGGAAACCCCCUGGCCACUCUUCACUGGACCAAGAAUGGAGACGUUCUGUCAAAGACUUGGGAAGAAGAUGCUGUGGCACAAAAGUCCAGAAGUAUCCUCAAACUCAAACUCACCCCAGCUGAUAACCAAGCGAUUCUGUGCUGCGAGAGCGUCAAUCUCGUGUCCGUAUCACCUCUGUCUGUCAGCCGCAGAAUCACUGUAGUCUUUGAUCCUGUGGAGGUGAUGCUGUUGGGGUCCUUCGCAGCCAUUGAGGGGCAGGAGUUGGAUCUGAGCUGCUAUGCUUCAUCUAGUAAUCCCCCUGUCCAGAUUCGCUGGUGGCUGGGAAACACAGAGCUCAAUUCCACUUCCACUGUUGAAGAGGGAGAGAAUGGUGGGAUGACAACCAUGUCCAAUGUAACCCAUCAGGUCUCUAGGGAGGAUAAUGGCAUGAAACUCACCUGUGUGGCUUUCAACAUAGGCACAAAAGUCUCCAAGUCCAAGUCUGCUGAACUCUCUGUCUACUACCCCCCGCAAAAGGUGUGGCUUCAUGUCCCUCCUCAAGACGUUCCACUACGCUCAGGGACAAAAGUCCGUCUAAUCUGCUUCUCAAGUGGAGGAAAUCCACCUGGGACUCUAUCCUGGUUCAAGAAUGGACAGCCUGUGAUGAGUGCACUGAAACAGACCUCCUUUGAUAAGGGUGUCGCUCAAGAGCUGGUACUGGUCCUGACUGCAAGUGACAACAUGGCUACCUACCGUUGUGAUGCUACAAAUGAGGCAGAGAAAACAAUUUCAGCCCAAACUAAGCUGAGAGUUCAGUUUCCUGCAAUAACCAUGAAGAUCACUGCCAAAGAGGAGCAGUUCCAUCAGGGCCAGAUGAUAACUUUGGAGUGCGAGUCUGGAAGCAGUAACCCUAGAGCCAACAUCUCUUGGAGCCUGGGCCCACUCGGGUUCCAGGGGGUGAAUCAGCCGCACAAGAAGGCAGCGUAUGGUGGUUUUUCAGUGAGCAGUUCUCUGUCACUGAAUAUGACAUCACAGCAUCACAAUCAGAGGGUUAUUUGCCAGUCCUCCAGUGCUGAACUACCUGAGGGGGCCAAAACAUUCUUCAAACUCAGUGUGCUUUACCCACCAGAGUUUAGGCCAGAUCAGCCGAUGCAGAUCCAGGUGGCGGAAGAUGACAUGGCAACCAUCCCACUGCUGGUCUCAGCGAACCCAGAGGAGGUUUCCUGCAUUUGGCAGCACCGCAGGGAGAAGCUGGUCAAAGAGAGGGAUCUACGCAUCCAGUGGCCAGAUGAGUUCACCCUGGUGAUUGAGAAUGUGACGAGGAAAGAAGCCGGAGCUUACAAUAUUGAGUGUGCAAAUGAAGAGGGUGUCAGCCACACCACCAUCAUGCUGGAUGUACAGUAUGCUCCCAGUGUUAAAGCAGAGAAAGACCCUGUGUAUGUGAACCUUGGGGAAACAGCAGACCUGAUAUGUGUGGCAGAUGCUAACCCCAUUAUAUCUGACAUGUUUUCUUGGAAAUGGCUGGGAGAAGGGGAGGUGGAGAUGGGAGAGGAAAUCCAGGAAGAUGAAUCAGGCAUUCUGACCAUUCGUGACGUGACUCGUGCACAUGCUGGCCUUUACCAGUGCAUAGCUGAUAAUGGCAUGGCACCUUCUGCCAGUGCAGAUGUGCAGCUGGUAGUGCAGUUCAAACCAGAGAUUCAAAAGGGAGUCCAGUGGAGGAAGGUUGCAAGUAGAGGAGAUGCCACCAGUACAGCUGAGCUGAUCUGUCAGGCUGAGGGUAUUCCGCGUGUUCAUUUCUCAUGGGAAAAAAAUGGUGCACUCAUGGACUUUGCAAACCCCAGGUAUGAGCAGAGGACUAUGAGGGAGGGCUCCUUCCACACCAGCACAGUUCAAGUGGUAAAUGUGAGCGCACUGCUGGACUAUGCUGUCUUCACCUGCACUGCUCACAACUCACUCGGAGAAGACAAGCUAGACAUCCAGCUCGUCAGCACAAAUCACCCAGAUCCUCCAUCCUCAUUCCGGCAAGUCAGUGUCUCUCACAAUUCAGUCACUCUGGAGUGGAUCCCUGGCUUUGAUGGUGGCUUGCAGCAGAGAUUUCGCAUAAGGUACCGCUGGGAUCGGUCAGUCAGUUUCCUGUACAUGGAUGUGUUUCCUCCUGGAGAAGCAACAUUUACUGUGACUGGCUUGCAGCCUAAUACCACCUACAACUUCUCUGUCAAUGCUAUCAAUGCAAUUGGAGAGAGUAGCUAUGCUGACAGUAAUGCAGUACUGACCAUCACCACCAAGGAGACCUUAGAUUCAGAAGUUUCAGAAGAAGACUCAUACCCACCAAGUCCAGCUGGACUGACACUUUACUUGACAGUGGCAUUCACAGCAGUGUUUGGAGUCCUGCUGGUGUUAAAUUCACUGGGUUGCUUUUUUGGACUAAAAUGGAAAAAGAGGCAAGGUCAGACAGCAGGGGGUAGAGGAGGCAGCGUGUUGGAUGGCAAGAAGAACGAAGAGGAGGCGUCCAGUCAGUCAACUGUAAGCAACUCUAAUAAGUACGAGAGCAAAGAAAAGAUCAACACCACCGCCCAGCGCACCCUCCUCAUCGACUCCGGAUCUGAAACGGAUAGCAAUGUCUACGAGAGUUAUGCCGCGGAAAGUUCCCAUUAUUACUACCCUACCAUCGACUACAAGCCUCCUUUCAGCCCACAUCCCGAGGAAAUGCGGAGACAUGACUCUCACAGUCACUUCUACGAAGAGGUAAGAGACGUGGGUCUGUACCAGGAUGUCCUCACUUCCCCUCCAUCCUUGUUUGACCAUGGAUUGCCUCAUCAAAGAACUGACUGGAAAUCAGCAGCUUACCCUCAGGUUACUGAGAGAGGGAAGGAGUUCAUAGACAUUCAACAGCCUCAGAGAGAUUCUGAUCUUCCCUUUGAACUCAGAGGAGAGUUAGUCUAGAAGGAGCAGGUCGGACCAAACAUGUAUGCUAUGCCGAGAUUCAGAUGACAUUGACAGGACUGUUAUGUAGCAGAUAUUCAUUCAACGUUAUGUUUUUUUUUUCAUUCUGUUUCAAUGGUAUCUCACAAAUCACCUUGAAAGCACCUAGAACAACUCAGAUCAAGUGCUCGAUGUGAGAUGUCAUAAUACAUGUUGAGUGUUUUGAUGUUUUAUUGUGUAUUUCUUUAGCACUGAAUAUUUGCCUCAAAAGACCGAGUUGACCUACAGUAAAGUAUGAAAGGCUUAAUAACUUGAACAGAGGAAG